CCAAUCAUCGUAUAUCCCGACAUUGUAGUUUCCGACAUCGUACAUAUCAAACACCACAAACGACACUUGAAUCACCCAUUUUUGUCUUGAUAUAUUCUUCAAAAUAUAGCUAGAUAGAUAGAUAGAUAGAUAGAUACCCUUUUAAAUUUGAGGGGAUAAAACUACCCAAUCUUAAUAUUCUUUCUUUACAACAACUUGAAGUUUAAGUUCAUAUCAACUUCAAGAUUAUUAGGUCAACUUAUUCUGAUAAUUAUGAGGAUUUGGAAGUUGGGUUUUGUGAUUUGUGUUUGGUUUCUUCUGUUCGCAGUUGAAUCAUGUUUGUGUAGAUUUAUGGUGGAAAAUAUUAAUUUGAAAGUUACGUCGUCAUCUGAGGAUUUGAAAGGCAGUUAUAAGUGUGCACUUGCUAAUUUUGGUAUUCCUAGAUAUGGAGGAACAUUAAGGGGUUUGGUUAAAUAUCCAAAGGAGAAUCAAGAAGCUUGCAAUAACUUCACUGAUGUUUCUUUCAAACCGGAUAAUCCCGGUGCCCUUCCGGUCUUUCUUCUUGUGGAUCGCGGUGGUUGUUACUUCACAAACAAGGCAUGGAACGCACAAAAUGCAGGGGUUGCAGCUAUUCUCGUUACACAUGAAACCGACGAUUUAAUCACCAUGGAUAUGCCUGAACAUGAUCCAAAUGCAACUUACUUGCAGAACUUAACACUCUCAUCCGUUUUCAUCACACACUCACUUGGAGUUUCACUAAAAAAAGAACUAGAAAAACCAAAUCCAAUUCUUGUAACUCUUGAUUGGACAGAAGCUCUCCCUCAUCCGGAUGAACGAGUUGAAUACGAGUUUUGGACAAACACCAACGAUGAAUGCGGACUCAAGUGUGAUAAUCAGUUAAAUUUUGUCAAAACGUUUAAAAAGGUGGCGCAAACACUUGAACAAAAUGGGGACACGCGAUUCACACCGCAUUAUAUAACUUGGUAUUGUCCGGAGGAGUAUACUUCAAGUGAUAAAUGCAAGUCACAGUGUAUUAAUCAUGGAAGAUAUUGUGCCCCGGAUCCUGAGGAAGAUUUUAGUAAAGGGUAUACUGGGAAAGAAGUUGUUGUUCAAAAUUUAAUUCAGGCGUGUUUUUAUAAGGUGGCAAAUGAAAGUGGAAAACCGUGGCUUUGGUGGGAUUAUGUGACUGAUUUUUCGACGCGUUGCCAAAUGAAAGAGCAUAAGUACGACCAAGAAUGCGCACAUGAAGUUAUCAAAUCAUUUGGAGUUGAUACCAAGAAAAUAGAUGAAUGUGUGGGUGAUACAACAGCAGACACCGAAAACGCAGUCCUCAAGGCUGAGCAGCACGCGCAGAUAGGGAGUGGUACUCGCGGGGAUGUGACAAUACAACCAACUGUUGUAAUAAAUAACAGACAAUAUAGGGGUAGACUGGAUAACAAGGCAGUUCUGAAAGCCAUUUGUUCAGGAUUUAAGGAGGGCACAGAGCCGGCUCUCUGUUUAAGCUACGAAAUAGAAACAAACGAGUGUCUGGUCGACAACGGCGGCUGCUGGAGUGACAAAGUUACUAAUAUUACUGCUUGCAAGGAUACUUUCCGAGGGAAAGUGUGUGAAUGCCCGGUUGUGAACGGUGUGAAGUUUGUUGGUGAUGGUUAUACACACUGUGAAGCUUCCGCAGCCCUACGCUGUCAAGUUAACAAUGGAGGCUGUUGGGAAGGCAGCAAAGAGGGCAGGAACUACACUGCUUGUAUUGGUGACCAUACAAAAGGUUGUGAGUGUCCAUCGGGAUUCAAGGGAGAUGGAGUUAAUAGUUGUGAAGAUAUUGAUGAAUGCAAAGAGAAAAAGGCAUGCCAGUGUUCUAAAUGCAAAUGCAAGAAUACAUGGGGAAGCUAUGAGUGUAAUUGUGCAGCCAACUUGUUCUACCUUAAAGAACAUGAUAUAUGUAUAAGUGCCAAAGAUGUUAACACGAGUGAUGGAUGGGGUUUUGCAUGGGUCUUUUUCGGUUUGAUUGCUAUCGGAGUUGUUGGAUACAUAUUCUACAAGUACAGAGUUCGGAGAUACAUGGAUUCAGAGAUCCGGGCUAUUAUGGCGCAAUAUAUGCCGUUGGAUGGUGAAGUUGAGGUUCCUGUUACUAGGUCACAUGGAGACAUCUAAGGAACAACACUUAGGAUGAUGGCUCAUUUGAUAUUAUCUCAUGUAUAUAAAUCAUUUGGUUUUGAGAUUUUUGUGUUUACGCUUGAAGUGUUGAAUCUAAACUAUAUACCUGUCUGAAUUGGACCAUUGUAAAAUGUUUACCAAAAUCCACAUAAGUCUUUGCUAGAA